AUGGAUUUCGUUGGCUGUGGGGCUGCUCCACCGCAAUCCCACCACUCAACGCCCCCAAUUUCUCGAGAUCAGCCUGACUUGCACUGUCGAAAGCUCCAUCACCCUCGCUUGACUCGUCUACGAGCGAGACUACUGCACGGACUAACCCCAAAGAAGCUACCAAUUCCUCAUUGCGGACCCUCCGCCGUCACAACGGCCGCCAUCCCACUGCAGACGCGGAAGCGGACUUGCCCCCCGAGCCCGAGGGGACAAGAGCUCCCCGCCGAAUCGGACCGAGUCGACGAUCCCGACUCUGACGUCUCCCACGAGGAAGACGACUACGACAGCCACACGCACACCCACACGGACCCAGAGCAGGACCAUCGCAGACCCGACAAUGGAAGUAGCGACCCAGACGAGCCCCUCGAGUUAACCCCGCCCGACGAUUCCAAGUCGCUCGCUCAGCACUUCUGGGUUUUCAUGUCGCGCGCCCCUCUUCUCCGGACAUCGCCCGCGCUGGGCUCGUCAUCAUACGGAGGUGUGCGUAUUCCGCAGGACGAGUCCGACGACAAUGACGACAAUGAUUCCGAUGUUGCUGCUCGACACGAUAAACCGACCCGCGAAUGGUCUCCCGGUAGGCUGCAGCGGGCUAGCUUCGACAGCAGUGCCGAGGGACCUUCGAGCGAUGCACUCCAACAACGUCGACGAUUAUCCAAAUCCAAACAAUCACAUUCCUCCGGUCGGCGGAGGAGUAGUGCUCUUUACACAGAGGGACAUAAGCGGCGACCUUCAUCGGCCACCUCGGAUGUAGGAAUGGGUGCGGAUUCCAAGUACUCGUUUGCAACAGGACUUGCGGUACCUGGAAACCCAGUGAUGCAAGAAACUCCGGUGUCCUCGCCGUAUAUGACAACCGACGAUGAGGAUGUGUUGGAUAUUGAUGACGAGAAUACAAAACCUUUCGACGAGGAUCCUCCGGAUAAUUCGCCAUAUGCUCAAGUGCGAGCGACCGUCCCGGCGACAGAUGAUAUUACGCUCUCCGUCAAUAGUAACCAACCUUUUUUCUCCCUCCGCUACCCGAGCGUCGCUAUCACCCCAAUCAUCGCAUUGGUCUUGGUUCAUCCAUUGGGCAAGUUCUGGGACGUUCUGCUGAAACGGACGGACGACCCUAUCGAAGUUUUCGAGAAUGGAACUCUGGAUCAUCGAGAGUCACUCUCAGACGACAUUGACGCCCCUAAUCCGACUUUGCCCACCCGGAUCCGGCUUUGGCUCGCCCAAGGGCGUUGGAACGAGAAGGAACAUGCAUGCGUCUAUAUCAGCAGUAACGUCUCUUUUGGAUUUGCGUUUGCCACCGAUGUCAUCGUUGAGCAACACAAGUUCUACCAGCAGGAGGUUCCGAUCUUGUACCAGUUGCUGCUCAUCAUUUCAACCCAAGUUCUGGGUUAUGCAUUUGCCGGGUUGACUAGACGCUUCUUGGUGCGGCCUUCGGCCAUGAUCUGGCCGGGGACCCUCAUGUCUACCGCCAUGUUCUCAACCAUGCACAAGACAGCCAAUAAGAAGGCCAACGGAUGGAGCAUCUCCCGGUACAAGUUCUUCAUUCUUGUGUGGGCUGGCACUUUUGUCUGGUACUUCGUACCGGGCUUGCUGAUGCCGGCGCUCAGCUACUUUAACGUGGUGACUUGGUUCGCACCCAAGAACGUCGUUGUGUCGAAUCUUUUUGGGGUUGCGUCGGGCCUUGGGAUGUUGCCUCUGACCUUUGACUGGGCUCAGAUCGCAUAUAUCGGAUCACCCUUGCUCACGCCUUGGUGGGCAGCAGCCAACAUCGUGACGGGCUUGGUUGUGGUCAUCUGGAUCAUUGCCCCGAUCUUGUAUUAUAAAAACGUGCUCUUCUCCUCAUACAUGCCCAUCCUGUCCGCGGCAGUAUUUGACAACACAGGCCACCCAUACAACGUGAGCCGAAUCUUGACGCCGGACUUCCUCUUCGAUCAAAAAGCAUAUGAAGACUAUUCACCGGUCUAUCUCCCCAUCACCUAUGUCCUGUCAUACGGUGUUCAGUUUGCUGCCCUGACCUCCCUGGUUACCCACACCAUUUGCUGGUAUGGUAAGGAUAUCUUGCACCAGACUCGCAAGGCUUUCGAGGAGCGUACGGAUGUGCCAGACUUUGAGACAUACCAGCCCCUCCGAACAGAAAAUGGGCAUGGAUCCCCACGGCGACACGGCCGUGAGGCGUCGAGAGUCAGUUCUCAUGAUCCUAGUCGGGAGUUGCCGCUGGGAAUGGAAGAUGUGCAUUGCCGUCUCAUGAGGCGCUACAAGGACGCUCCUCUGACGUGGUACCUGAUCGUGCUCGUUACAAUGCUGGUCAUUGCCACCUACACUGUAGAGCACUACCCGGUCCACUUACCCUGGUACGGUCUUUUUCUGGCAUUGCUCAUCACCAGCGUGUUCUUCAUCCCCGUCGGCAUCAUUAUGGCUGUCACCAAUCAACACAGCAGUCUCUAUCUAAUCUGCCAGCUCUUGUGCGGGAUUGUCUUUCCUGGGCGGCCCGUUGCGAACAUGAUCUUCGUGACUUAUUCUUACAUCAGCUCCGCCCAAGGCAUCAAGUUCUCGUCGGAUCUCAAGCUUGGGCACUACAUGAAAAUUCCGCCACGCAUCCUUUUCAGUGUGCAGAUGGUGGCGACCUUGGUAUCCAGCCUGACGCAAAUUGGUGUUCUGAACUGGAUGUUCUCUUACAUCCCUGGGAUUUGCACUCCCCAGGCUCUGAACGGCUUCAACUGUCCUAUUGCGCGCGUUCAUUUUAACGGCAGCAUCCUGUGGGGUGUUGUUGGACCGCAGCGAUUCUUCGGGCCGGGUGGGCUCUAUCGACCUCUCGUCUGGGCGUUUUUGAUAGGCGCCGCAGCACCCCUCACAGCCUGGAUCUUGGGUCGUCGCAGCAAGAAGAAUUUCUGGCGGAAAGUCAAUUUCCCCAUUCUGUUUGGCAGUCUUAGCUGGAUCCCUCCUGCGACGGGUCUGAACUUUUCCGUCUGGGCGCUUGUUUGUUUCGUGUUCAACUACGUGAUCCGCCGCCGCAGGACCGCUUGGUGGGAGAAGUAUGCGAUGACGCUCUCAGCAGCUUUGGACUCGGGGCUGGCAUUUGCCGUGCUUGUGGUCUUCUUUUUCCUUAUUUACCCUGGCUGGGUUGAUGGGUUUAAGUGGUGGGGAACGGAGAUCUAUAAACAGGGAUGCGACUGGAUUGCAUGCCCGUAUAAGCGUCUAGAACCCGGGCAGAAGUUUGGUGAAUGA